UCAAACCAGCAAGCCGCGCCAGAAAAGGUCACAUUAUAUGCUUUGAUUGUUCGUGAGCGUAAUCUCCCCAGCCUUAACGUGCGACCUACUUACAGGUAGUUAGAGUAAACCAGUCUUGUUGAAACCAGUUACUUUCGUGUAUCAUACCUGUAUGGUCUGUGCUUGUUCCUUGUCAACCUCAGGAAAUGAAUAUAAUGGUUCGUCUAAUGGUUUUCCAGAUACGAGGCUUGUUUCUACUAGCUUGCCUGUCAUUUUUUGGCUUCCUGGUUUGUGAGGAAGACUAUCAAGGUUUAUAUCUGGGAAAGUUUAACACUUAUGCACAUCAGGUAACAGGAGAAGUUUAUGCUGUUGAUGAGUAUACUCUGCUUAUAAAAAAUUUCGUUUAUGAUGGGCUUGGCCAAGAUACUUUCUUUUGGGCUGGAUCAACAGUUAGGCCUAGCAAUGUUGGUUUAAUAGUUCCAAAUGAAGAAGGAAAAACAAACAAACUCCAGAGAUAUGUCAAUGAAGAUAUAACAAUACAACUCCCUGAUAAAAAGAAAAUUACAAGCAUUAAAUGGUUAGCUGUUUGGGAUAUACGAGAACAUGUCAGUUAUGCAGAUAUCUACAUUCCAGAAGGAUUUGAGCCUCCAUCACCUCAGCGAAUUUCUGAAUUCUCUAGAGAUGGACAUGGAGUUCAGUCAGAUGCUGUUUAUAUUAUAGACUCAAAAACCAUAAAAAUUCCUAAUUUGUAUUAUGAUGGCAACAGUUCGGACACAUAUUUUUGGGUUGGAGUUGGGCCCCAGCCAAAUCCUAAUGGAGAUAAGAUUCCUGAUGAGAAAGGCUACCCUGUUGAAACAAGUCGAUUUAUCAAGCCAAAAGAUACUAUGGUGGCACUCAAAAAUAGGUUUAGUGCUGACAAGGACCAUAUUGUCUAUUAUUCUGGAGAGACAGUACUUCUGGAGCUACCAGGAGAGAUGACAGUUUUUAAACUAGAUUGGAUUAGUAUCUGGAAUCUGGAAUCAAAGGAGAGUUAUGGUUCACUGUUAAUACCUGAUGGUCUAAAUAUACCUCCAUCACUACUGAGGAUAAUUGAACAUAAAAGUCCACUACCAAACUGUGAACAGCUACACAAAGAUUUACAAAUGAGUUGGGAUAUAUUUGGUCCUCAAGUGACUUUUGAACUUUCAGGACAAAUUGAUGAUGAUGAAUACAUGGCUUUAGGAAUCAGUGGGUCAGAAAAUUCAUCACAGAUGUUGGGAGGAGACACUGCAAUUUCUUAUAUAGAUGGAACUUUGGGUAUCACUAAAGACUAUAAUAUUACUGCCAAGCAUUCUUGCAUCAAUGUGGUUGGUUUGAAAAAAGGUGUGUGUCCAGACACUGAAGUUGGAGGUGUUGAUAAUUACCAAAUCCACACACAUGUUAGAGAAGAUGGAAUCACCACUAUCACAUAUCGUAGGAAUCUCAUUAACACAGGUGAUGAGGGAGACAAAGUAUACAGCAAGGGUCGCGAUCUUUUUUUAAUUUGGGCAAUUGGGAAAUACAAUAAGUAUAAAGACCCAGGUUUUCAUCAUAUCUUUCCAAGGGGUAAUGUGAAGAUAAACUUAGGGAGACCUGAAGCUAAGAACUGUUUCCACUUUACCAGACCUGUAAAUAAAAUGAAACCAACUACAUGGGGCCCACUCCGUGUUAAGGAACGAAAUUUAGACACAUUUGUUGUAAGACUUGGCCCAAGUGGAGGACAAAAGGGCUACAUGGGUUACACAGGUAUGGCUUCCCCUGGAAUUGUUUUCUACAUCAAUGGGUUAAUGGCCCCUGAACUAUAUUUGAAGAGAAACAAAAAAUACAUCUUUAAGAUAGAGACUGGCAAUGACCCACACAAAGCUGAGGUGUAUCACCCAUUAUAUAUAACUAAUGAUGUGAAUGGAGGGUAUUUAAAGUAUUCUGGAGAUGAGAAAAAGCAAAUCAAGAUAUAUGCUGGGGUAGAAUUUGACAGAAGAGGACGAUCACAUCCUAAAGCUGUGGGACGACUCUGUUUGUGGCAGUAUGACACCUCAAGUCUUAGGAAAGCUGAUAAUUUUCCAAGCUUUCCUAAAUUUCGCAAAAGUCUAAAACUGGAAUGUGAAGAUGGUGAUCUAGCUAUACUAGAAUGGACACCAAACAUCACCACCCCUGAUGUUGUUUAUUAUCAGAGUUAUACUGACAGGAACAUGGGUUGGAAGAUUCAUGUAGUAGAUGAGAUCACCAAUGCUGGAACUUGGCUCUUAUUUCCUGGUUUUAUUGUGCAGUUGGAUUGUAUUAUGCUACUGUAUUAUUAUUUUUGUUCUUCUUGACCCUCUUAUAUAAUUAUUUUAUUAACAUAAUUGUAUAAGAAAAGUUUUUUUUAUAAUUUAGAAAUGCACCUACUACAAGCUAACUGUUUAUUAGUUGGCUUAUGUGAAGGUUACUGCAAAGUAGUAUUGUGAACUUUUUGUAACAAAAAAUCAGUAAAAAUUUGAUAUCCUUUGCU